CGCCGCUCGGCGAGUGCGCUACAUACACGGGUGUACCCAUAACACUGGAACACACCGACAGCUAAUCUAGACAAGACCGUAACUUUGGAAAAUAUAUUCGGUGACGAAAGAUUUCCGUCUCAAGAUGAAAAUACACAGAAUAGUGGAAGCGAAUUGCCUCUUCCUGUUUAUACAGUGCAUUUUGGGACAAGUCUCAGGAGAUUCACACAGAGACCUGGCUAAACUGAGUCGGACAUUUUACUCGUGGCGUUUAGAGGAUUCUCCAGAAUUUGCCACUCACCUCGGAGUGUAUAAGUACAACGACAAACUGGAUUCAUUCACCUUGCCUCAACAAGACUUGAGAAAGGGUAGAGUGGAGCGGUUUCUGAAGUACCUCCACCUCAUCAACACGACCGACAUGGAUCGGUCCGACUGGAUCAACUACCAGAUACUCGAGGACACGCUCCAGACCUUUCUAGAUGGCUACAAAUGGAGACUGUACGGCGGAUUGAACCCUAUGAACUUUCUGGAAGGAAACCACAUUGAUCCGUACGUAGAAGUGGCGGCCACACCCUUCGAUACCAUGGGUGACUUCGAGAACUUUAUGGUCAGGCUCGAGACAAAACCACAACAGCUGCGAGACUAUGAACUCAUGUUUCGAGAAGCUAUCCGAUUGAAACACACAUUCCACAACGUAUCAGUGCUGCGAGACUAUGAACUCAUGUUUCGAGAAGCUAUCCGAUUGAAACACACAUUCCACAACGUAUCAGUGAUUAAAGUGCCGGAACAAAUCGGGCGAAUAGUAAGUCGGUCAGUCGAGCACUCAACUUACUACAUUCCGUUUGAUUACGUCAUAUAUGGGAUCGAGGCGAUGGAUGAUGCCAAAAGGGAAUUAGUGAAAGAACGCGGAGUGAAGGCUAUUCAAAAAGUGCUUGAUGGUUACAAAAGACUGAAGACUUUUAUAGAACGAGAAUACCUGCCACGAACUCGUCCUCACUGGGGAGUCGGGGUGUGGCCGGAAGGAAAGGAUUAUUACAAGGCUUGCUUGAAGUGGCAUCUCUCCACGGACAUGUCCCCCGAGGAAGUGCAUCGGAUCGGCCUGUCUGAGGUGGAGAGGAUAUCCGGCAGAAUGCAAGAGAUUCUACGACAACAAGGAUUCGCCGGAUCCUUUGUAGAUUUCUUCGUUAAACUGAGAACGGACCCGAGGUUUCAUAACAACACUGCGGAUCAGCUGUUGAGCGUGUACCGCAGUAUUAUAACAGACAGGAUCGAACCAAAGCUGCCAGAACUGUUUAAAAACAUCCCCAACAUGCCUUUGAUGGUUGAGAAGAUGCCAAACGACGGACCCGGAGGACAGUACAUACCGGGUUCCGAGGACGGCCUGAGACCCGGAGUCUUUCUCGUAAACCUGAACAGACCGAACGAAACGGCUACGUUUAUGAUGAUGGCCAUUACGUUACAUGAAGCCAACUUGGGACACCAUCUCCAGUCAAGUUACGCUUUCAAGGCCAGCUUGCCAGAUUUCCGACGAAAUAUGGAGUUUAGUAGGUACUACCAAGUACCUUUCCACUUUCCAUUUUACACAGCAUAUGUCGAGGGAUGGGCUCUGUAUGCCGAAUCUUUAGGCGAAGAAGUGGGACUCUACAACGACGAAUAUGAACUGUUGGGUCGCUACAGUUCAGAAAUAUUCCGCGCGUGUCGUCUCGUGGUCGACACCGGGAUCCACUAUUACGGCUGGGACAGAGAGUACGCCAUUCAGUACAUGCUCAACUACACGACGUUUGCUCGGAACGAAAUGGAGAUCGAAGUGGAUCGCUACAUCACGUGGCCUGGGCAGUCAUGCGCAUACAAGAUUGGUGAAAUAAAGAUCAAAGACUUACGAAAAACCGCCGAGGAGAAGCUGGGCGAUCGGUUCGACAUUAAGGAGUUCCAUUCGGUGGUGUUGGAGAAUGGUCCCAUGCCGCUUCGGAUUCUUGAGGAUGUGGUCAAUAACUGGAUAAAGAACUACUCACCUCCAACAGACCCGUGCGCUAACCACUGUACCACCCCGUCCGUCCAUUUCCUGUCCCUAUGCCUCGUCAUGUUUAGUCUUAUUAAACGAACACUUUAGUUUUGUACUGGUAUUGUGGACCUAGACAAACGAGAUUUGUUAAAGUAUUUGACCUAAGAGACCCGUAGAAGUGACAGUCAACUUAAAUCUAUAGAACCAAUUGUUAUGCCUGAGAUGGACUAUGACGUGAGCGUCGCGCAGCGUAAUCUAACAGCGAAUCCUAAUAAAUAUUUUGCUAAA